CUCGUUGUCAAUUUAUAGUCUCCUCCCCCCCGGCCACUGCCACAACUGCCAUUGACAAUGGCGGCCACCCAUCUCACAAUGAGGUCUUUCCUCGGUCUUCUCUUCCUCUUGUUCGUUCAACUCACCUCCGCCCUGAAGUUCGACCUCUCUGCCGUGAGCGGGAAGAACGAGCGAUGUAUACGCAACUUCGUCUUUAAGGACCAGCUUGUGGUCGUCACGGCCAUUGUGAGCGGAAACAAGGGUGAUGGUCAGGUUGUUAACAUGCAUAUCAAGGAUGCGCUGGGCAAUGACCACGGUCGUCCUAAGGAUAUUGCCGGAGAGACUCGCCAGGCCUUCACUUCUCCCGCUGAUACUGCUUUCGACGUUUGCUUUGACAACCAGCUCACCACUCGUCACGCCGUUGCCAACCCCUACAAGUCCAUCGAGCUCGACGUCGACAUCGGUGCCGAUGCCCGUGACUGGUCUAGCAUUCAGGUCCAGGAGAAGCUCAAGCCCGUUGAGACCGACCUCCGCCGUAUCGAGGAGAUGGUGGCCGAGAUUGUCAGCGAGAUGGAGUACCUGCGCGCUCGCGAGCAGAAGCUGCGUGACACCAACGAGAGCACGAACGAGCGUGUGAAGUGGUUCGCUUUCGGUACUAUGGGUAUGCUGGUUGGAUUGGGUGCUUGGCAGGUUGUGUAUCUGAGGGCUUACUUCAGCUCGGUUGUUCGUCAAAACAGCGUGAACAACAAUGAUCGCGCACCAUCCACGGCCCCCGAGCAUCGCAAGAACCAGACAAACAAGCCCCCUAACCCUCAUGUGCCCAACACGACCUCCACCAUGACCAAGGACUUCCCCAAGGUCGGUGAGAAGCCGGCUCCUCCGGAGAUGUUGAACUCGGUCGACCCCAACUACCGGCCGGCGGAUCCGUACCCCGGAAGAGUCGAGCAUUUCACCGGAGGUCGCCAGGAGACGGGGGCUCAGAAGCCCGAACUUGGUGUUGGAGAGAUGGAGGGCAUUACCUUCAAGGUUGAGCCGCUGCGCCGGGAGGGCGAGGAUGUUACUACUAUGAGGGCUCGGUUGUUGUAUCAGAGCCGCAAGCGCGGAAUCCUCGAGUCUGACCUCCUGUUGUCUACGUUCGCCGAUGUUUAUCUGGCCGAUAUGAACAAGGAGCAGUUGCAGGAGUAUGACCGGUUCUUGGAUGAGAAUGACUGGGAUAUUUACUACUGGGCCACCCAGGACCCUCCGGCUGAGGGGACUGAGGCUGCUGUUUCCACUGAGGCAGGCGCUCAGGAUACUCCCACGGAGACGUGGAAGCGUACUGGAGCCAAGAGCGGCGAGUGGGCGCAGACGGUUGGUGCUUUCAAAGCUGCAUACCGGCCCGUUCCGUCACGAUGGGCCGACUCCAAUGUGCUGAGACUCCUGCGUCAACAUGUUCGGGAUAACAGUGCCACGGGCUUCCAUGCUGCGAAGACCAAGAAGACUGGUGGACCUGGACUGGGACGUAUGCCCAAUGUGCAGAUGGCCAUAGGCGGUCAGCAGCCGAGGCAGGCGGUGAAUAUUCACGUGACUCGCUUAUACGAGUUAGGGUUGGCGGUACCGCACAACGGCGAGAAGGGCUGGGCGCGCUACCUAGAGUCAACGACAAUUGCUCCGCCCGCGUUCAUCCCUCUCUCCUCCCAGACUCCCAACAUGGCUGAGCAGCUCGUCCUUCGCGGUACCCUUGAGGGUCACAAUGGCUGGGUUACCUGCCUGGCUACCUCUCUGGAGAACCCCAACAUGCUGCUCUCUGGCAGUCGCGACAAGACCCUGAUCAUCUGGAACCUGACCCGCGACGAGCAGGCCUACGGUUACCCCAAGCGCAGCCUUGAGGGUCACUCUCACAUCGUCUCUGACUGUGUGAUCUCCUCCGACGGUGCCUACGCUCUGUCCUCCUCCUGGGACAAGUCCCUCCGCCUGUGGGAGCUCUCCACUGGUGAGACCACCCGGACUUUCGUCGGCCACACCAACGACGUUCUCUCCGUUUCUUUCUCCGCCGACAACCGCCAGAUUGUCUCCGCUUCCCGUGACCGCUCCAUCAAGCUCUGGAACACCCUUGGUGACUGCAAGUUCACCAUCACCGACAAGGGCCACACCGAGUGGGUUUCCUGCGUUCGCUUCAGCCCCAACCCCCAGAACCCCGUCAUCGUCUCCGCUGGUUGGGACAAGCUCGUCAAGGUUUGGGAGCUCGCUUCCUGCCGUCUCCAGACCGACCACAUCGGUCACACCGGCUACAUCAACGCCGUCACCAUCUCCCCCGAUGGAUCCCUCUGCGCCUCCGGUGGCAAGGACGGCACCACCAUGCUCUGGGAUCUCAACGAGUCCAAGCACCUCUACUCCCUCCACGCCGGUGACGAGAUCCACGCCCUCGUCUUCUCCCCCAACCGUUACUGGCUGUGCGCUGCCACCGCCAGCAGCAUCACCAUCUUCGACCUCGAGAAGAAGAGCAAGGUUGACGAGCUCAAGCCCGAGUACGUCGAGAAGGGCAAGAAGAGCCGCGACCCCGAGUGUGUCAGCUUGGCCUGGAGCGCUGACGGCCAGACUCUGUUCGCUGGUUACACCGACCACAAGAUCCGCGCUUGGGGUGUCAUGUCGAGGGCAUAGAUUGAUACCCAUCAAGUAAUCCAAGGGACGGUGUUGAGAUUUUAGCGGAGGAGAGAAAUCAAAUAACAAAGAUAUCUGUUUUUUAUUUUUUCCUUUUCCAAACACACACUCAAAAAGGGCAGGCAUUGGUUGGGAUGUAUGAGCCAUGAAGCAAUGAAAGCACCUCGGAGGGAGGGGAGUUCUCUCUCUUCUCUCCUGGGUUUUCACCUUGAACAUGUCUAGCUUUUACUUCGAGAUUUUUCGUUUCAUAAAAAUCCGAAUUGUCUGGAAUCUUGUGAAAGGGAUGACAUGCAAAAUUGUUCUAAUACCAUUUAAAAGACUGUUAAAAAGUUACACCCUAUCACUGGAGGAGAGACAUUGUAG